UCUUAGGCCAAUUAUUGAAAGAUAGUGUUUUUUCUUUAAUAUUAGUUGUGGUUUUACGUCUGGCUUUUUGUCCAUAUUAAUAAAUCUUUAAAAUUCCAGCUUCACCCACAAGAGUUCCGCACUAAAACCCACCUCCAUUAUCAUAUGAUUCUUCUUGUCCAAAUCUAGAAAGAGAGAGCAUCAAACCCUCAGUAAGGAAGAUAAAUCUAUAGCUGCUUUUGUUCUUGGAUCUCAGAUCGAACAUCGAAGUAGUUAAAAAAAUGUCAAUGCAUGCAAAAACGGAUUCGGAGGUCACCAGCCAGACAGCAUCGUCUCCGACGAGGUCACCACGGCGGCCGGUGUAUUUCGUUCAGAGUCCAUCGCGUGACUCACACGACGGCGAGAAGACCACCAACUCCUUCCACUCCACACCUGUUUUAAGUCCUAACGGGUCGCCGGGCCGCCACUCCCGGAACUCAUCCUCCACCCGGUUUUCCGGCUCCCUCCGACCUGGGUCGAGGAAAGUCAGCCAUCAACUACAGCCUCGGAAAGGCGAAAAGGGAUUUGAUGCAAUUGAAGAAGAAGGACUUGCUGAUGAUGAUCACCGGAGUGGAAUCCCUCGCCGGUGUUAUUUUCUGGCGUUUGUUGUUGGAUUUUUUGUUCUAUUCUCGUUCUUUUCACUCGUUUUGUGGGCUGCUGCCAAACCUCAAAAACCCAGUAUCACAAUGAGGAGCAUUUCGUUUGAUCAAUUUGUGGUCAAUGCUGGAGCUGAUGCAUCUGGAGUCGCUACAGAAAUGGUGACAAUAAAUACUACAAUCAAAUUCAAUUUCCACAAUCGGGGAACAUUCUUUGGAGUUCAUGUAUCAUCAACACCAGUCGAUCUCGCAUACACAGAGCUAACUCUAGCUUCAGGAUCUAUCAAGAAGUUUUAUCAAUCAAGAAAGGGACAAAGACUGGUGAGUGUGAAUUUACAGGGCCGCGGUGUGCCACUGUACGGCGGCGGUGUGAACUGGAGUAGCAUGGACGGCAAACUGACGGCGCCGGUGCCGUUGAACCUGAAUUUCACGGUGAAAGCGAAAGCUUAUGUGCUCGGAAAAUUGGUGAAACCGAAGUUCCAUAGAAAGAUUUCUUGUGCUGUUGUUUACAAACCCACAAAGGUCAAUGUCCCAAUUUCUCUCAAGAACUCAUGCACAACUAUAAAAUUAAAGUAG